GGCCGCCGCACGGCUGUCUGCUCCCCGAAUAUCACUCACGUCGUUAAUCACAUUUUACGGAUGUUAUAAAAACUUUAUUGUGUAAAUCUUUUUUCUUGCUGCCUCAUCGAGAAAUUUUUCUGAUAUUUAUUUCUUAGAUGUAAUAAAAGUUUGUGUAGAGAAUUACUUUGUAUUUUAUGUAUAAAAUAAUUAUGAUUACAAGUACAAAUGUGGUUGUAACUGUGAAGAGUUAAGAUGUUGAUUGAAUAUUCUCAAAUUUGCUCUAAUUCCGAAAGUUAUGUUGCUUAAUUUAAAUAAAAGUUGCGUGAAGUGAUUGAAAUGUUGAGAUCAGUUAUGUUACGGCGUUGCAUUUGGAUGAUUUUAUCAUUUUAUUUGAAAGGUACAUGUGGGUGUGACGAAGAGUACAAAUUGAUUCGACAUCUGAUGCAGAAAUACGACGCAUCAGUGCGGCCAGUGGAAAACUCUUCACAGCCCUUGCUGGUGACAUUUGGUGUGUCGCUGCACCACAUUAUAGAUGUGGAAGAAAAAGAUCAACUUCUCACCACUAAUUGCUGGAUCACUCAGAUCUGGACGGAUUAUCAUCUGAGAUGGAACACCAGCGAUUUCGAUGGUAUCAGUGUUAUUAGAAUACCUUACGAAAGAGUAUGGAGGCCUGAUAUUAUUUUAUAUAAUAAUGCUGACCCCAAUUAUAAAUCGGCGGUCAUCAACACUAAUGUCAUAGUGAAGCAUACAGGCGAGGUGACAUGGCUAAGUCACGGCAUUUACGUCUCGGUUUGUGACAUCAAUGUUGAGCAGUUCCCAUUCGAUAUCCAGCUGUGCACUAUGAAAUGGGCUUCGUGGACAUAUGACGGUUUUCAGUUGGACUUAAUAAAACAAUUUGACGAAGGCGAUACAACGAACUAUCAAACGAACGGUGAAUUUGAUUUGGUGAGCUUUGAAGCGAUCAGACACGAUCAGUACUAUUCGUGCUGCGUCGAGCCUUACCCGGACAUAACGUAUGUAAUCAAACUGCGAAGGAGACCAAUGUUCUAUGUAUUCAAUCUAAUAUUACCAUGCCUUCUAAUAAAUGGAAUCGCCCUUCUAGUAUUUUAUGUGCCAUCCGAAUCCGGAGAGAAAGUGACUUUAGGAAUAAGCGCAUUGCUUUCAAUGACUGUAUUCCUCAUGACUAUACGGGAUACAUUACCACCUACGGAAAAGACGCCAUUAAUAAGUCUUUACUACGGCGUCAGUACGUGUUUGGUUUCAUUCUCGGCAUCGCUCUCAGUGGUAACUCUUAACAUAUCUUACAGAGGAGUGAGAGGGCAGCCGGUGCCGGCGGCGCUGCGCGAGCUGGUGCUGCAGCGCCUCGCGCGCCUGCUCUUCAUCAACUUUGACACCGAUACCAAGGGCGACAGUCCCCCUGCAGUGGCGUGCGUGCAAGUGAACCCGCGCACGGGCUCGCGGCUCAAGUCGGAGGCGCACUGCGAGCGCUGCGAGACCUGCCACGCCUGCCACGGCUGCCACGGCUGCCACGGUUGCGACGGUUCGCCCGCACCCCCGGGAUCAGCCUCGCCGCGCUUUCCACGCCCAAACAUAAACCAUCUAAGUCGUACGGGUCCGGUAGUAAACUCCCCGUCAAGCCCACCGCUGGGGGUCGAGAUGUGCGGGGGCGCGGCAGGUGGCGCUGGUGCGUGCGCGCGAUGCGUUUGCUGCUGCACGCUGCGCGACGCCGCCGCGCGCCACGAGCAGCGCGUCGCCGCCAACGAGCGCCUCGAGCGAGCCAACCUCGAGUGGAAACAGGUCGCUGUAGUCGCCGACCGAGCAUUACUCGCCGUGUUCGUGUUGGUGACAACCAUAGCUACGGCGGCCAUUUUGUUACCCCAGCUGCAGAAUCUACAUGUAGGCAAUACGCCUCUCAAACCACCCACCUAGGUUAUUUCAUUAUUGUAAAAUAGAAUUAAAACCAAAGAAAACAUGUAUUUUCUACCAUUUCUUGAUCUCAGUUAUUAUAUGCUUUAAGAUUUAUUUAUCGUUAGGGUAAAGUUUUGUUUCUA